AUUAUUCAGUAAUAUCCGCCAUCCAAACUGCGGUCAUAUUGCUUGUUUUUUUAAUUGUUUUAUUUUGUUUUCGGAGCGAUUGUGUCGCGAAAUGGACAUCGAUAAGAUCUGCCUGACCUGCCUCAGCUCGACGGGCCCGUUUCUGUCCAUUUAUGACAACGGAACGGGUAGCUGCCUGGCCGACAUGCUCAGGCAAUUCACAAAAACUACGCCGCGUCGCAACGAUAAUCUGCCCGAGAAGGUGUGUCUGGGCUGUUUGAGUGAAAUAAACCACUGCUACACGUUCAAGAUCAUGUGUGAGAAUUCCAGUCGAACUCUGCGCCAAUUGCUGCCGAAUGCCCUUCCCGAGGAGUCCGAGUCGGACAAGGCGUCAAAUAAACAGCCGGUGUCCACCAUAGAUCAGGCUGUGCAGACGCCCAAUUGGGAGCCCAGCCGUUGCACGGUGUCCGCCCAAACGGAGGAAGUGGUCAUAGAGGACAGCAGCCUGUGUAAGCGGAGGAUUUCAUUGCACUUGGACGACGGAGAUGGGGAUGGUGAAGGAGAGGUAUUCGACUACGAGCUGACCGAUGAGCCCAUGGAAAAGGCGACCAGCAUAAUCCUACAAGUACAGCAAAGCAUGAAAGUAGAAAAGGAGGCCGUCUUCUCGCAGGCCAAUGUCCUUUACGAGGGCGAUGACAACGAUUUGGAACGGCAGAUAAGGGAGUGCAAUCUGGCCAUUUUUGACAGUGUCGAGAACGAGGCUGCAGUUGUCCAGGUGCCAAGUGAACAGGUGAGCACAAGAAAAAGAGCAGCUAAACUUCUUGUGCAGCAGCAACAGCAUGAAGAGAAGGGGGAGCAAUUUAUUAAACAGGAAGCUCAGCCGGAAAAGAAAACCUCUCGUCGGAGGGCAGCUGAGAAACAGGAGCUGCACACCAUGUCGUCGGCGUCGUCUUCGUCGACUUCCCCCUCGAAGCAGCUGCGAAUGGGAAACAGCCACAGACCUGUCAACUCAGCAGCCACCUCGUCCUCGGCGGUCGAGGGAACAAGCCCAGCAGCGCCAGGAGCUGCCUUGGUAGCAGAGCUGAAAUACCACUGUGAUCGCUGUAAUGCUGGCUUUGCAUUGGAGAAAUCUCUAAUUAUUCACAAGAGGCAGAACAGCUGCACGAACCGCAAUUUUAAGUGCGAUGAGUGCGAACGGGUCUUUGUGUCGCCAGAUCACCUGGCCGAGCACCGGGCCAAUCAUGGCGCUCACAACUGCCCGGAAUGUGGGUUAAAGUGCGAGUCCAAGGAGCAGCUGGGCAAGCACAUGGUGCAGGGCCACAAGCGGAAUCUACGCAACCAAUGCAACGUUUGCCAAAAAGUCUUUACCAUGCUGUCAACUCUGCGUGACCACAUGCGAAUCCACACCGGCGAGAAGCCAUUUGUGUGCAAUAUCUGCGGCAAGAGCUUCACACAGAAUGCCAAUCUGCGCCAGCACAAGCUACGCCACUCGGAGACAAAGAGCUUCAAGUGCGAGCUUUGUCCACACUCGUUCGUUACCAAGGCGGAGCUGGCCUCGCACGCCCGCACCCACACAGGGGACAAGCCCUUCGAGUGCGAGGUGUGCUCGGCCAGGUUCACCACCAGUUGCUCGCUGGCCAAGCACAAGCGCAAGCACACCGGAGAGCGGCCCUACGCCUGCGAUCUGUGCCCGAUGAGGUUCACAGCCCUAAAUGUGCUCAAGAACCACCGAAGAACGCAUACGGGCGAGCGUCCAUAUGUGUGCCCAUUCUGCUCGAAGACCUUUACGCAGCGCGGCGACUGCCAGAUGCAUCAGAGGACACAUCAGGGCGACCGAAUCUACAUUUGUCCAGUGUGUAACGAAGAGUUUAAGUCAAUGCCGGAGAUGCGGACGCAUCUCUCCGGACACGAGCAGCACGACAAGCGCCUGGUGCACUUUACCCUGAUUAGCAACAAGGAGAAUGGUAGCGGUGCCCUCGAGGAUGACCUCAACGAGAUGGCCGAGUCGACGCUGAUGAUAUAAGCGUUUAACCAGUGAUAUUUUUAAGUGCACAAAUUACGAUUUAGUUCUCCCUGAAAAAAAAGGGGAUGCAUCCCACCUCAACGGUGUGUCUAUCCUUGCUGCACCCCACACACACACGCACACACACAUUAUUCGACUGCUGUUCGUUUCCACUUGUCCACUUCUCCCCAGCGGGAAUACAAUUUAUGUCGAAAACUCACAACUUUAGAACAUCUUUAGUCUUAACUUAGUGGCUAGGUUGUAGAUACAAAUAAAAGCUUAAAUGGUA